AUGGCAAAUAAAAUAUUAUCGAUAGCUGACCUUGAAGAGGCGGCUUCCAACUCACUAUCUAUCUCCGCGAGAGACUUCUUCAACUCCGGCGCAACGAACCAAGUCACCCUUCACGACAACUAUGCUGCGUAUAGAAAGUACCGUCUCCUACCAAGGGUUCUGAGAGAUGUCUCACGUGUUGACACUGGGGUUUCCUUUUUUGACCGAGAUAUCAAAUUUCCGCUCUGUGUCUCACCCACCGGAUUGCAGGUUAUGGCUCACCCAGAAGGCGAGCUGGCUACAAGCAGAGCCUGUGCCAAAAUGGGCGUCAACAUGGGUGUCUCCUCCUAUGCUAAUCACUCGGUUGAAGAGAUCACCAUCGCUGGACAAGAAGUGGGACCAAUCCAUCAUGUGAUGCAGCUCUACACGAUGAACGACAAAGCUAAACAAGAACGAAUUGUCCGUCGGGCUGAGGCGGCGGGCUGCAAGGCUAUAUUCCUGACUGCGGAUAGUCCCGUACUUGGGGUGCGCUGGAAUGAAUGGCGAAAUGGAUUCAUACCUCCAGUUGGCUUAGGGCUUCCGAUGUAUGAAAGAACAUCUGCCGAGAUUCAGCAACAAUCUCACGAUGAUGGGUUUAGCUCGACAAACUCGGAUUCCCAUUCCUGGGCCACGGAGAUACCGUGGCUGCGCAGCGUCACGAAGAUGGAGAUUUGGAUUAAAGGAGUUCUCACCCCGGAAGAUGUCGAGACUGCUAUUGAAUAUGGCUGCGAUGGUGUCAUCAUUAGCAAUCAUGGUGGUCGGCAGCUGGAUGAGACACCGGCCACGAUUGAUGCGCUUCCUGCCUGUGCUAAGGCUGCGCGGGGGAGGAUCAAGAUUCAUAUUGACGGUGGAAUUCGAUCUGGCGUGGACAUUUUCAAAGCCUUGGCUCUUGGUGCUGAAUGUUGCUGGGUUGGGCGUCCUGCACUUUGGGGACUCGCACAUAACGGUCAAGAGGGAGUCGAGCUAAUGCUCAAGAUCCUGUUUGAUGACUUCAAGCGAUGUAUGCAGCUCACAGGCUGUAGAUCCAUCUCCGAAAUAAGACCAGCAAGCCUAGCAAUUGUAAAUGCAUAUGGGCCUUUGGCUAGGCUCUCCGUGGCUAUAGCAAACGUGACCCCCAAGUACUCGUUGCACAGUAUGGAGUCUGAGAAAGGUCCGCUUUUGGAGGCAAACGAAGUCUACGAUUCCAAGGACAAUGGCGUUGUUUCUAGCCACACCCGUCAUAAAGCACAAAGAACUCGCCCCUGCUGGGCGAGAACUCUGAGAAAAGGGCUCUGUGUCUUUGUGAUCACUGGGCUUAUUACCUACUGUCUAACUCCCCCGCAUGGCCCUCCAUCUACUGAGAAAGACCCAUCCCCACAUCCCGAGACUCCCCCGCUUUGCCAAUCGCAAGAAUGCAUUCAUGCUGCAUCCGAAAUCCUCUACAAUCUGGAUCCCAACUAUGAGGAUAUUGAUCCUUGCACUGAUUUUGACCAAUAUGUCUGCGGUGGAUGGAGGGAGCACCAUGACAUGCGGCCCGACCAGGGAUCGAUAUUUGCAGGCACAAUCAUGCAAGAGAACGCCCAGACUAAACUUCGUCAUAUCUUGGAGCGCACAGAACCGCCGCAGUCAUCUGAUGCUGACAAUUUCAAGAAACUCAAAGCUGCGUACGAUGCUUGCUUGGACGAGGCUACCGUCAGCAAACGGGGCAGCAAACCUUUGACUAAUAUUCUGGAUGAACUGAAGACUAUCUACCCUGCAAAGGCAGGUCUUGAGAAAGGAGCACAAGAUCAACUCACCACUGCUCUAUUGUAUCUGGCGAACGCUGGUGUCGAGGCUCUGACUUCUUCCGGUGUCACUCCCGACGAUCGAGACCCUGAUAAUGUUGUUAUCAUGGUCUCCCCGCCUCGCGAAAUCGGACUUCCCGCGAGAGAGUACUAUAAUAACACAAAGACCGUGGCUGACUAUACGACCGUUUUGAAGCAAGUUGUUCGGGGACUUGCUGGAGAUGGAUUCGACAAAAUUGCCGAGGAUGUUGUAGCCUUUGAAAAGAAGCUCGCGGAUGUGACUCCGGAUACCCAAACCCAGGAAGAUGUCACCAAAUACUACAACCCCCUUAGUAUCAAGGAAACGGAGACACUGGUACCUGAGAUUUCUUUUGCUAAUAUUAUUUCAUCUUUGGCGCCCCCUGACUACAAAAGCGAUCGCCUAAUUGUUGGGUCGCCUUCCUAUAUGAAGGCAUUGUCUGUUCUCCUGAAAGACACACCCAGAGAAACCAUUUUGCUAUUCUUGCAGUGGAAGCUCAUCCAAGCGCUUGCGGAUGUUAUUGAGGAUGCCUCCGUUGAACCCCUUCGGCGAUUUAACAACGAACUCGCUGGCAAAGAACCUCAGGCCAAGGAGGAGAGGUGGCGUAAAUGCCUUGGGCAUCUGGAUGAAGGGCUUGAAUGGAGUCUUAGCCGAUUCUAUGUGCUUGAUGCGUUUUCCGAGGACUCGAAGAAACUUGGCGAUCAGAUCGUGUCCGAUAUCAAGGAGCGAUUCAUUUUCACCCUAGAUCAAACUAGCUGGAUGUCUCCAGAUGUGCGAAAAUUGGGCAUUGCGAAGGUGGGAAACAUUAUCCAGAAGAUCGGGUUCCCCACAAGUAGUCCCAAUGUCUUAGACCCCGAGGAUGUGAAUAACUUCUAUCGGGACUUGGAAUUGUCCAAGGACACCUUCUUUGAGAAUGAGGUGGCCGUGGCAAGAUUCCAACUUCGCAACGAAUGGUCUAAGCUCGGCAAGCCCACCAACCGUGACGAAUGGGGCAUGAGUGCACCGACUGUCAACGCUUAUUACAACCCGCCAGGCAAUGAGAUCGUCUUCCCUGCUGGCAUUAUGCAGCCACCAGCGUUCUACGGACCUUCUGCGCCCUUGUAUCUGGCAUAUGGUGCAUUUGGUGCCGUCAGUGGCCACGAACUUUCACACGCUUUCGAUUCUACCGGUCGACACUACGACGAGAGUGGAAACUACACUAACUGGUGGGACGAUAAGACCGUUGAAGCAUUUGAAGAACGUGCUCAAUGCUUUAUCGACCAGUAUUCCAAGUUUACCGUCACUGGUCCCGAGGACAAGGUCCUCCACGUGAACGGACGACUGACGUUGGGGGAGAACAUCGCUGACGCUGGAGGUUUGACAGCAUCAUACCAUGCAUGGAAGAAGCACGAUGAGGCAAAGCCUGACCCCCACCUCCCGGGAUUGGACGCAUUCACCAAAGAGCAGCUGUUCUUUAUAUCUUAUGGUAAUUGGUGGUGUGGAAAGACUACCAAGGAGGCGGCUGAGCAGGCGAUCUACAACGAUCCCCAUGCGCCUAAAUCAGCACGAAUCAUCGAAACUAUGGCCAAUUCUAGGGAGUUUAAAAAUGCCUUUAGUUGCCCAGAUAGGAAGCCGGUGCCACGACCUCUGGCAAAUAGGGCUCUCGCUCUUCGUGAGAUCUCAAACCGUCAGUCUGCUGCCGCUGAGACAAAAGCGUCACAGCCUGAGAUUUAG